UGGAUUUCUGCUUCUUUUCCCAGGUGGCAUUUGAGAAACAAGGCGUGUUCUUACAUACCAGCGCUAAAAGGCAGAAUGAUCAAGAUUCUAUGAUCCCUGGUGUCGUCCGCAUUAUUGAAAAGGCAUCAGAUGUGCUUCUUCAGUGGACCCCUGUGGAAGAAGAUGGAGACGCCACACAAAUUCAUUACACUAAAAAGGAAUCUCCAGGCAGUGCAGCAUGUCGUGCGGAAGAGGAACUGUUUGACCCCGGUUAUGAGCCAGACUGGGCUGUCAUCGGCCCAGUAGGAACUAAAGCUCACCCCCAAGAACUGUCAGUUGCAAAGCCUGGUAGUCGGGAGAAAUGGGCAUUUUCAUUGAGUUUAUCAGAACUAAAGUCCAUUCGCAAGAGCAAACUUGGCCUGAGCUGGUCCUACCUCAUAUUUAUUACCAAGGAGGGGGUCUCCUUUCAAGCUCUGCAUUUUCAUCAGGGUGGGACAAAGGCUCUGCUGAAAGCCCUCCGGAAAUAUGUCCUAUUGGCAACGUCUCCAAAGGAUUCCCGUCUUUUCUUGGUCUAUCCCCAUGACUCUCACGCUCUGUCCCACUCUUUUGAUGAGCUUCAGAUGUUUGACGAUGGUUCCUCCGACCUGGUGUCUCGAUUUUUCCAGGAUCCAUACUCUGCCACAUUCGGAGGGUUUUCCAAAGUUACCAACUUUUUCCGAGGAGCUCUGCGACCCCAAGAUGUUCCUCACCAGAGACCCUUAUCAGAAAUGGCAGUUGGCCUGGAGGAUGAACCAGGUUUCGAGGUCAUCACCUGUCAAGUGGAUUUGGGCGAACGGCCAGCCAUACAGCGCCAGGCACCCGUCAGCGAACAAGAAUGGGAAUCUCACAUUGAUUCUGAAGGGCGAGUGAUGGAUGUGGACGGACUGAAGAAGAAGAUAUUUUCUGGGGGCUUAUGCUCGGCACUACGGAAAGAUGCCUGGAAGUUUCUUCUGGGUUAUUAUCCAUGGGACAGCACAGCAGAAGAAAGGAAAGCUUUAGUCCGUAGGAAAACGGAUGAGUAUUUCCGUAUGAAGCUGCAGUGGAAAUCUGUGAGCGAAGAUCAAGAGAGGAGGAAUUCUCUGCUGCGCGGAUAUCGCAGUUUAAUAGAGAGAGAUGUCAGCCGUACUGACAGAAACAAUAAGUUUUACGAGGGGAAUGACAACCCCGGCCUAGGUCUCCUCAAUGACGUCUUGAUGACAUACUGCAUGUUUAAUUUCGAUUUGGGUUAUGUCCAGGGAAUGAGCGAUCUUCUGUCCCCCAUCCUCUACGUCACGCAGAAUGAGGUGGAUGCCUUCUGGUGCUUCACUGGCUUCAUGGAGAUGGUGCACCACAACUUUGAGGAAAGCCAGGAGAGUAUGAAGAAACAGCUCGCCCAACUGAACCUCCUCCUCCGUGUACUAGACCCGGUGCUCUGCGAUUUCCUAGAUUCUAAAGAUUCAGGCAAUUUAAGUUUUUGCUUCAGGUGGAUCCUCAUCUGGUUCAAACGCGAAUUUUCUUUCCAGGAUAUUCUCCUGCUGUGGGAGGUGUUAUGGACAGGUCUUCCUAGCCCCAAUUUCCACCUGCUUAUUGGCUGUGGUAUACUGGACCUGGAGAGAGAUGCGCUAAUGCAUUCAGACUACGGCUUCAACGAGAUCCUGAAGCACAUUAACGAGCUGACCAUGAAGAUGAGCGUGGAGGACAUUCUGUGUCGUGCUGAAGCUCUGAAUCAGCAGCUGGCACACUGUCAGGAUUUGCCUCUUAAUGUUAAAGAGCUGCUUGGCCUGAUCGAGGCGAAGAGCCCAGCACCCAGUACAGACACUGCCAGCUCUCCCCAGCCACUUUCUCCAAGCCAAGUCCACGAAUUGGACCUCACAGAGAGUGUAUCCCCAAGCCAGCCCGACAGUAGCAUUGAGAUCCUGCCAACGGAGGACACCACAACAUCACAGAGCCUGUCUCCUUGA